AGAAGUAACAAAGCAGAAUCCAUUCUGUGAUCGCCAAAGCCACACGAUGAUUCUUGGCUAAAUCAUUUUAAAGACAAAUAAGAAGAAAAAAACUGGUAUAAUCAUAAAUCUGCAACACAGAUCGCCCAAGAUAAUACAAGUUUUUUUCUUCGCGAAAAUAAGUCAGAAGAAAAUGGCGAGCACUGUGAUGACUACACUGCCUCAGUUCAAUGGUCUUAGAGCCAGCAAGAUCUCUGCAGCUCCUGUUCAAGGCCUGGCAACUGUUCAGCCCAUGAGACGCAAGGCAAAUGGAGCUUUGGGUGCAAAGUGUGGUGACUUCAUUGGUUCAUCAACAAAUCUGAUAAUGGUAACGUCGACAACCCUGAUGUUGUUCGCGGGGAGAUUCGGACUUGCACCAUCAGCGAAUAGAAAAGCAACCGCUGGACUUAAGCUGGAGGCACGUGACUCGGGUCUACAAACGGGUGACCCAGCCGGGUUCACGCUCGCUGACACUUUGGCUUGUGGCACCGUUGGUCAUAUCAUCGGAGUCGGAGUUGUUCUUGGCCUCAAAAACAUCGGUGCUAUUUAAAACUUCUUUAUUGUGUAUUUGUAACCAUUGUAGAUUUCUAAAACAAAAUUCUCAAGAGCCUGAGGGGAGAUCUAAUGAAAUCUUUACAUGUCUUUAUGUUUAUAAUGUUUGCAUCGCAUGCAUAUGUUCAAAUAGAAAAUACCACCAGGCUUGGAAGUUUUA